AACAGCGCUCGCAGACACAGCCUCAUCAGGCAAGGAGUUCCAGCGGUCGAUAAAUCUUAUGCUGGCUCAGGAGUGAUCCCGAGCAACUGUACCAUCAAGAUCAAGAUCACUUGUUGAAUGUGGAUUUUGUGUAUACACGACCGGUGAUUUUGAAGUUGUCUCUCGGUUUCCAGGCGUAAUUUGAAGAUUACUUAAGAACGGAUCCCUCCCUCGACAUCAUGGCCUCAGUGAGAAGUGAGGACCCCACACUCAAGUGCCACUUUAAGGGUCACCGUGACCUUGUGACAGCACUGCACUUCAAUCCGAGCAACACUCAACUGGUGUCGUCCUCCCUUGACCACACACUCAUGAUGUGGAACCACCGACAACAGCAUCGAGCAUACAGAUUCAUCGGCCACACUGAUGCUGUGAAUGACGUGCGCUUCUCCCCGAGUGGGAACCUCAUGGUCUCUGCCUCCAGGGACCGCACCAUUCGCCUCUGGAUCCCUAAUGUCAGAGGUGACUCUACACCAUUCCGAGCCCACCAGGCCAAUGUGCGAUCUGUAGACUUUUCCCCCGAUGGCCAGCAGCUGGUGUCAGGCUCGGAUGAUAAGUCUCUCAAGAUCUGGGCUGUGCAUCGCCAUAAAUUUGUUUGCUCCAUUGCUACACACACCAACUGGGUACGCUGUGUCCGAUUCUCACCUGAUGGCCGCAUGUUGGUCUCAUGUGCUGAUGACAAGACAGUCCAGGUGCAUGACACCCUCAAUGCCACCACCCUGCACACCUUCACAGAGCUCAAGACCUCCUGCACACAUGUGGCCUUCCAUCCUUCAGGCUCCUGCAUUGCCUCUGCCAGUAAGGAUGGUGUGGUGAAGGUGUAUGACAUCCGGACACGCAAGUUGCUACAGCAUUACGACAUCCAUGAAGAGCCAGUACUGGGCAUCUCCUUCCACCCAUCGGGCCACAUCCUGGCAACUUGCUCGGCUGACAAAACUCUAAAACUGCUGGAUCUUCUGGAAGGUCGCCCUAUUUAUACCCUUCAUGGCCACCAGGGAUCAGUCACCUGCUGUAACUUUUCUGCCAGUGGUGAGCAUUUUGCCUCAGGAAGUCAAGACAAGCAGGUGAUGGUGUGGCAAGGUAACCUGAAGUCUGUGGAACCUUGCAAGAAUUUAGAGGAGGUGGAAGAAGAGAGAUCAUGUAGCCCACUGAAUGUUACAGCUCAGGUGCCUUUUGAUAGAGAAAGUGACAAAGAUGAUGAUAUUGUAGUGGUGGAGGAUUUUAGGGAGGAAGAAGGGCAACAGGAAAGGUCUCAGGGUAAUCACCACCAUGUUCAGGUGAAGGGAAAUGAUGUGAGGGACAAAAGGGCAGAGGAUGAACUGAGAAAUAUGCUGGUGAAGUUUGAAUCUACCUUGCAGCACCUGUCAUCUCAGAUGGACACACUCACCCAGACCUGUGUCAUCUUGGAGCAGAGACUAUCGAUGGUUGAGAAUAAGGUGGCUGAAGUAGCAUACCAGCAACAGAACAUGAGCAAGAAUAUGUGAAAUUUAGUUCACUGAUGAAAACUGAUGAUGAAUGUAGAGGAAAGUAAUGGCAUGAUUUUAUUGGUAUUAUUAAUGUCCAUUGUCCCUGUAGGCUGUACUAAUGAAUUCCCAACAUGCCUUUCAUGGAAUGAGAGACUGGGGGGAGUAAACUAUUAUGACUAUGAUCCUUUAUAUUACAUUGAAAUGAACUUAGACAGUUUUACCAAACUGAAAUGAAAUGAAAUUCUGUCACUUCCUUUGGUUUCAGUGAUCUGUCAGAAAUGUACUCUAAACUUUCGCCAGGCCAUUUUUAUUAAGCUGGAGAAGUCAUAGUAGUGAGGAGGUUAAUGAGAGAGGAUGAAAGGAACUGAGAAUGCAUAAAUGAAUGUUAAGAUGAAAUUAACCAGGAAAAUUAGAAAUGUAUCCAAUUAAAAAUAGAUUAUAAGCAUAGGGGACCAUAAAACAAUUACUUGUCACUUAUAACUCACUUUCCACUUUUUUAUACAUAAAUGAAAGUAACAAUUAAGAAAAAAAUAUAUAUAAAGAAAAAGAAGUACAUUUAUUUUUUCUGUACACCUUGAAAAUAAACAUACCAUUGAAUUGGACUUUAAAAAA